GGAGAUGCACAUGCCAUGGGACAGAGGCCAAUCACCUUUCUCCGUCAGGUAAUGGCACUGUGUACAUACCCAAACCUAUUGGACAGCCCAAGUUUUCCAGAAGAUGCCAAAAAGCGAGCCAGACGGAUUUUGCAGGGUUGUGGAGGAAACAGCUUAGGAUCUUACAGUGCCAGUCAAGGUAUAAAUUGCAUCCGUGAAGAUGUUGCUUCAUAUAUUGAAAGAAGAGAUGGAGGGGUUCCUGCAGAUCCAGAUAACAUAUAUCUUACCACUGGGGCAAGUGAUGGUAUUGCUACAAUUUUAAAGAUCCUGAUCUCAGGAGGUGGAAAAUCCCGAACAGGAGUGAUGAUCCCUAUACCACAAUAUCCUUUAUAUUCAGCAGCCAUAUCUGAACUAGAUGCUAUCCAGGUGAACUACUAUUUGGAUGAAGAAAAUUGCUGGGCUCUAAAUGUGAAUGAACUUCGCCGUUCCUUGAAUGAAGCUAAGGCAUAUUGCAAUCCAAAGGUCCUCUGCAUCAUCAACCCUGGAAAUCCCACAGGACAGGUGCAAAACAGAAAGUGCAUUGAAGAUGUGAUACACUUUGCUUGGGAAGAGAAACUUUUUCUUCUGGCUGAUGAGGUUUACCAGGACAACGUGUACUCUGAAGGAUGCCAGUUUCAUUCUUUCAAAAAGAUUCUGUAUGAGAUGGGACCUGAGUACUAUAACACUGUUGAGCUGGCCUCUUUUCACUCCACCUCUAAGGGAUACAUGGGCGAAUGUGGCUACAGAGGAGGUUACAUGGAGGUCAUUAACUUGCACCCAGAAAUUAAAGGACAGCUUGUUAAGCUGCUUUCUGUUCGCCUUUGUCCUCCAGUCUCGGGACAAGCAGCAAUGGAUAUUGUAGUGAAUCCUCCAAUACCUGGAGAAGAAUCUUAUUCACAGUUCAUAAAGGAGAAGGAGUGUGUUUUGAACAAUCUUGCCAAAAAAGCCAAACUAACAGAAGAUAUGUUUAACAAGGUACCAGGAAUCCACUGCAAUCCACUUCAAGGAGCUAUGUAUGCUUUCCCACGAAUCUUUAUUCCUUCCAAAGCCAUUGAGGAAGCAAAGGCUCAUAAAAUGGCACCUGAUAUGUUUUAUUGCAUGAAACUUCUGGAAGAGACUGGAAUAUGUGUUGUACCUGGAAGUGGAUUCGGCCAAAGAGAGGGAAGCUACCAUUUCAGAAUGACAAUUCUUCCUCCAGCAGAGAAGCUGAAGAUCCUACUGGAGAAAGUGAAAGACUUCCACAUAAAGUUUCUUGAAAAAUAUGCAUGAAACUACUGUGGCUUUUUCCCCUCAUCCCUUCCCCUUCGAGGCGAAUGGAGAAAAUGAACAAAGAUGUGCUGAGAAUGUGCUGUUCAUCUAAUUUAACUAAAUUCAAAAUAGAUAAAAACAAUCUCGGAUACUGCUGCAACUUAUUGGACUAUUAAAUUUAAGAAGACAUUGUUAUACCAAUUUUUUUUUUAAGGGGAAGGGGAGAAUGUGAAGAAAGCGGUGAGAAGGAAGAGUCAGUAAAUGAUUUUGUGCCUUGAUUGGAAGUUACAUUUGUGAACUUUUGACUCCAUAGGUUGGGGAAGGGCGUUGCUCAUUAAAAUUACUACUGUUAUGUGGGUUUUUUUACAAAAGAGAAAUGCCAAGAGCAAUUGUUUAGCUAGGAACAUGUUUCCCAUCUUAAAAUUCUACUAAACAAAAAUUCAAAAGGCUGCAUUAUAGGUAUUGUGUGGUUUAAUUUUUUUUGUUGUUGUUAAGUAUGAAGUGUUCUCCAAAUCUGAUUAAGCAUGUAGGUACAGCGAGCUUAUUUAAAAAAAAUAUAUCUUUGGCAGAUGUGUGCAGAUACCUGUGAACAUCUGUUAAAAAGAAAUCCUGCCAUCACACCAUAAUCUGAGUAGAAUAUACAGUUUUGAUCAGAGGAGUGAACAUGGUGUCUACUUGAACCCUGCUUUUAUGAAACUGAAACAUAAUGAGGA